CAGCCUGGGAGGCCGGCAGGAGCUGGAGCCAGAGUGGACAGUACAAAGAGAAACCUACCACACCGGGUGUGUCCUUGACCUUCUCCAGGGGUGAGGACAAGCCGGAGGUCUUUGGUGUGCUUUCAGAAGUCUGCGUGAAGUUCUCAGCAAGUCACUGAUAAUGGAGCGAUCCACCCGGGAGCUGUGUCUCAACUUCACUGUGGUCCUGAUUACAGUUAUCCUUAUGUGGCUCCUUGUGAGGUCCUAUCAGUACUGAGAGACCAUGGCACACUCCUGGGAUUAAUGAGACACUCCAGAGCUGCCUGCUGAAUGCCUUGAGAUCCCACUGCCGUCGUUAUCAAGGGUGCUGCUCUUGGCACUCACAGCACCUCUGACCAGCACUCACCAUGUCCGCCGCACCCCAGUGCUAGGAUUGAUUGUAUGCUCUUUAAAGAUGCUGCUCUCAAGGCCUGCCAAGUGUGUGUCAGUCAGCAUUAGAUUUAUUCCCCAACUCCUGCUGCAAAUGUGUUAGACAAGCCAUAAGGUUAAAAUUAAACCAGAUUCACGAAGAUGUAUGUAUCAAGCCCCUCAUCUGUCUCACCACACAACCCUUCAACCCACACUGGCUGCAACCAAACACUAAUUCAACCCUCCAGAAGGAUUGUUAGAGGAAGUCUUUGUCAGCCUCUAUAGCUAUCAUGUGAAUAAAGUUAAGUCAACCACAAAAACAACUUAAAGAAUUUAUUUUAGCUGCUAUGUGUGAUACAGCAUUUGACCCUUGGCUGGAAUCGAAGUGACAAAUGCUACGGUAUUUCUAGCAUUUGAGACAAGCCAAGAAGCUCCAACUGCUGAGGAUUUGAAACCAAGUCAAGCGAGAGUGUCACAUUUCAAAUGAUUCCAUUGGUUCGAUGGUCUUCAAACUUUCCCCCUAA